CUACCUGUCUGCUCUGCGACCGGAAAGGCGCAUCCGUGGGGACGGGGCUGGGCGCCGCCAUGACAGCCGGAAGGGGCGGGCCGUUCUUCCCUGAGUGACCGGCCGCACGCCGGCUUCUGGCCUGGAGAUGCAGGCAGCCCUGGAAAUCACUGCUCGGUACUGUGGCCGUGAGCUGGAUCAGUAUGGCCAAUGCGUGGCAGCCAAGCCGGAAUCAUGGCAGAGGGACUGUCAUCACCUUAAGAUGAGCAUUGCUCGGUGCACAUCUUCCCACCCAAUCAUCCGGCAGAUCCGCCAGGCCUGUGCUGAACCUUUUGAGGCCUUUGAAGAGUGUCUUCGGCAGAAUGAAGCAGCAGUUGGUAAUUGUGCUGAACAUAUACACCGCUUCCUGCAGUGUGCUGAACAGGUGCAGCUGCCACCUUCCCCCACAACUGUAGAGGCUGAGCCACUUCCUGCCUCGUGAAGGUCUCUUGACUUCAGAAAAACGGAAUGAGAUUCACUGGCCCUUUGAUGCACCUACCCUCUGCAGAGUGGCUGUUUGGAGUCCCUGGUGGUUGGCUUCUCUGGACAUCAGGAUUCCCCAAAAAUAAAGACUAUUGAGCUUUGA